AUGGACUUCCUCAAGCAGGCAGUGGCCUCCAUAGCAAAAGGGCCUGCAUUUGGCUACUCUUUCGGCGAGCGCGUGGACAUCGAUCAAUCUAUAUGGACACUGCAUAACGGCACCAAAAGAGAAGACGGCUCCAAAUGCAGCAUAUUCUCCUUCGACAUCAACGCCAAUAGGCCCCGCCUACCGCUUGCGAAGAACGCAUUGAGAAAGUUCAAGACACUACGACAUCCCGGCAUAGUCAAAGUCCUGGACACACUUGAGACAGACCAGCUUAUUUACAUCGCCACUGAGAGGAUAACACCGCUGAACUGGGCCACAAGACGGAAAGCACUUGCCGAAGAGAGCUUGAAAUGGGGACUCCACAACGUGGCGAAGACUCUUAAGUUCAUCAACGAUGAGGCAGCGUCGGUGCAUGGCAGCAUUCGUGCCUCGUCCAUUUUCACCAGCGAAAGCGGGGAAUGGAAGAUUGGCGGACUAGACAUCUUGAGCUCCAUGAAGGAAGAUGACGCUGUCAUCUUCACGCAAGGCAGUCUGGUCCCUGACAUCGGACGAUACUCUCCCCCCGAAGUUGUAAAGAGUGGAUGGGACAAUGUGAGACGGAAUCCCACUCACGCAGUCGAUGCAUACAGCUACGGCAUCCUGAUAUCCGAGGUAUUCAACGCUGGCUUCUCUGGUACAGACCAGAUCGGGUCUACAAAAGGCAUCCCCGGCGAUAUGCAGAGCAGUUACAAGCGAUUGACACAUGCCGCACCGAAGAUGCGCCUCAGCUUGGCUCAUUUCCUCGAGCAGGGUGUUCGGUCAGGUGGCUUCUUUGAUACACCUCUGAUCCAACUUACCGACAACAUUGACAACAUGGGCCUGAAAACCGAAUCUGAGAAAGAUCAGUUCUUGAAUGAACUCGGGGCGAUUGUAGAAUCGGACGAAUUUCCUGAAGACUUUUUCAAGGUAAAGGUCCUUCCCGAGCUUCUCAAAUCUGUCGAGUUCGGCGGCGGUGGGCCAAAGUCCUUCGCCUUGGUGAUGCGAAUUGCUCAAAAGCUCUCUGAAGAUGAAUAUGAUGUACAGAUCACCCCAGUGGUUGUUCGACUGUUCGCAAGCCCGGACCGAGCCUUGCGUGUCUGCCUUUUGGACAAUUUGCCCUUGAUGAUUGAUCAUCUCAGCCAAAAGAUCGUCAGCGACAAAAUCUUCCCGCAGAUGGUGACGGGCUUUGGCGAUUUGGCUCCCAUUGUCCGCGAGCAGACUGUCAAAGCUGUGCUUGUUGUAGUAUCCAAACUCUCUGACCGUGUAGUUAACGGCGAGUUGCUUCGACACCUUGCAAAAACAGCCAAUGACGAGCAGCCAGGGAUUCGGACCAACACCACCAUUUGUUUGGGCAAGAUAGCCAAAAACCUAGGUGCAAACUCUCGGGCGAAAGUCCUCAGUGCCGCCUUUUCGCGCGCAUUACGAGACCCUUUCCUACAUGCCCGAAACGCUGCACUGAUGGCAUUGGCGGCCACAGCCGAUGUUUUCAGUGAAGAUGACUGUGCAACGAAGAUGCUUCCAGCGAUCUGCCCUUCCUUGGUGGACAAGGAGAAGCUUAUCCGUGAUCAGGCCAACAAAACACUAAACAUCUACCUCGACCGUGUACGCAAGUACAGUACGACGCUACCCGAUACCGUGCUACCACCACCAGAGACGGUAUCAGCUGGUGGCACGAGGAUGAGCACACCACAGCCGGGCAACCAACCGGGAAGCCAAUGGAUGGGCUGGGCCAUCUCCUCAUUCACAAACAAAAUCAGCACAGUCGCUGGGGAAAUCCAGCCAGACGGGACCAGUCCGCGGCCUCCUGCAGCGAAUGUGCCAUUAGCAGCGCAUGGUAUCACGUUACAGCCCACCCCGACCUUACAUCACACCGCGUCAGCUCCUGUCGUGCCAAAAGUAUCAUCAAGUUUGCGGACAUCAAUGGCAACACCACCUGCCGAAGAUGAAGAUUUCGGUGAUGGCUGGGGCGAGAUGAUUGAUGACCCAGCGGAUCCCUGGGCUGAGCCUUCGUCAAUAUCUUCGAGGCCUGAAAUGGCGACUAUCAGCUAUGAUGAUGGUGGCGAGCCGGACUUUGAGGGAUGGCUAAAUGCGCAGGCGAAGGCCAAGUCCAGUAGUAAAAAGCCAUUGCCCAAAGGACUUGCAAAGAAGAACGUUGCUUCGAAGCCCGCAAUCAGACCCACAGUGGUGAAGGCGAACAGCGCCGUGAAAGCACAGAGACCAGCGGAGCCCAAGCAGGUACCGGCCGAAGAUGACGACGAUGAUUGGGGUGAAGCCUGGAAGUGA